AUGAGUUACGUAGGUGUUUUAGCGCAUUACCUGGGAACAAAUCAUCCGAGAGUGAUGCUCAUAUUGAAUGUGUUAAUGUUUAUGGCACAUAUGGGUGAGGCACUCUAUGCGAAACGACUUGCGCAACGUUCCGAUCUGUCACCGACUUGCAUUGGAAAGUGGUAUGCACAAACAUUUCUCCUCGGAUAUCCAUCUCUCAGACUGUUGCUGAACUACAAAAAGCGUUCAACAUAA